GUUCUAUCGGAAGCCGGUCAACAAAUGUUUUGGGAAGCGACAAGGAGCGUGGAGUGUGAAUCGUGUGCCUCUCUUGUUUUGGGAUAAAAUAUGUCUUCGGCUCGAGAAGCACGCUUGAGAGAUCUACCUCAUCCCAAUUUAAAUGACGUUCUUAAAUCCAACACUUACAGCGCCAUCAAACUCCUCAAAACAGGUAAACGCAAGUACAAUUGUCUGCAUGUGUACUACACCUAAUAUUCGCCUGACUUGUUGUGGAUAUACGUGCAUUGUUCACCUUUCUUUAUGACAUUUUGAGCAUAUCCUUACACUAAAAAAUCCUAAAUGUAACGUUGUCAUCCUCGUGUAGGGAUUCCAUUAAGUUAUAACGACGAGAUUCUGUUAAUGAUACCUAUGUGCUAAUAUAGAAAAUUCAUGCGAGAAUUCUUAAUAUGAAAUUUUUAAACAUUGACCGCAUUAUUUUGUUAUUGUCUGAGACAUUCUAAAUAUAGUUAUUUUUCAUUCAUUAUUCAUUUAUUCGUACAAUACUAUGCAAAAACUAAAAUUAUUUUAAUUAGUUCACCGGUGAGUUGCUAGUUUAAACUAUGGAGACUUGUAACGUUUUUAACAUCAUACAGUUUUUAGGUUGUUAAACCAAAUGAAUACCUCAAUCUAUAUCAGAUAUUGUUUGAAGUGUUCAAUACCACGGUGGUUGCCUUCUUAGGAAAACGCUGUUAGUAUUAGAUAAUUAGAAAAAAUGUUAUAAAUCCUUAACGUAACCAUUUACGGAAAGAUUUCCGCUAAACCCAAUACUCUCUCAAACAAAAUUGUUUUGCAAUUCUAUUAUCCAGUACGCAUGAUCAAUUGAUUAUGGGGUUGGGCGGAAAUCUUGCCUGUUUAAUUCAUAACUAAAAGAUUUAAUGAAACAAAGUUAAAUUCUAUUAUAAUUUUAGGUUUAAGCUUAUUUUUUGCACAAUAAUUUAAUGUACACAAACUAAACGAGUUUGUGCCACUGCAAUUACCUCAGCAAACUACCAAAUCUUUUCAUCAAAACCUAUGUUUUUACAGUCAUCACCCUAAAAUUUAGGGAAACGUAUGAUUUUAGCAGAGAGAACCAAAGAAGUCUGUUAAACCUGCUGGAUUUUCUUGAUUUCUGAAAUUGAUUAAUUAAAAGAUGUGAACACAGCAGUGUGAUCUGACUGAAGGAGGUUACCUGUGCUUCAACUAAAAAAAAAACUGACGCUGUGUCAGUUAUAAUCAUAGAUAAAAAGAUUAAACUCAUGUACUACGUUUUGAGACAGCUGAUUGGAAUCUGAUAGUCACAUGAUGAUCAAAGCAUUGUAUUUUCUUCAAUUUGUUGACAAAAGUUUGCUAAGAAAUGAUAAUAUUUUGAUAAAUGAAGAAAUAAACAUCCUAUAGUUUGUCAAACUUUAGUGUGUUCAUGAAGGAUAAUUUGUGGAGAAAUGUUAGCUCUUGAGGUUGGAGGAGAUGUCAUACAAAAAUAAUUUUAUUAUCAGAGAAACUCAAGGAUUAUUUUAAGAGACAUUGACACAGCUGGCGACUGCAUUUCACUUAACACAAUGUCAUACAGCUGGAGGUGAUUUUUUUGUACAACAUCCUUGUCUAAUCUUCCUACACAAGUAGAAUUGUACUUGCUCAGUGGCUAUAAGCCUACUGACUAGCAAAAUUUCAAGCCAACCUUUUUGCACAUGUUGUCAUCUGCUUUGAUUGCAUGACUCAAUAAAGAAUGGCUGUUUGAUUAAUUGCUAAUUUUCCAACAUUCUUUUCUCAGUUGGUGAAUUUACCCACAAGGUGGCUUCUCUUAAAGAGCAGUUAGGAAACCAACUCCUUUCUCUUGUGGAAUCUUUCCGCAAGAAGAACUUAGAAAUGAAGAAAGACAGGUCUGUAUUUCAUAAGAAUCCAAUCAAAAAAAGAAAAAAACAACAUGUGGACAUUGAAAGCUCAACCCUUUACACCCUAACAUCAGUAUUAAUAUUCUCAAUACUGCUCUCAUACAUUUCCUAAGGUGAUGACAAGGAGAAUUUGUUUAACAAUCAAGAGCUUCCUUAGUUAGUGAUUAUUUCCUUUAUUCUCAUGACCAUAAUGUGUCAUUCUGGGGUGAUAUUGUAAGGAGAAAUUAGAUGCUGGUCACCCCUAAGGGUUAAAGGGUUAAGCAAGAUGGAUUGUUUUUCCGGUUUUAAUAUAUCUGAUAAAUAUCUGGCAAUUGGUUUGUUUUCUAUUGCAUAUCAUUGAUUUUUGUAAGUUUAGAACUGCAGGAUUUCCAUGAUUUUGGAAAAGGUUAUCCUUUGCCUGUUCCAAGUACUAGUAACAAUAGAAUCCUUGAAACUUUCUAAAUAAAGCAGAAAACAUUUUUUGAUGACAACAAGUUUGAGUUUAAUUGCUCUGCCUGAUGGUAAGGAACUAGAUCUAGAUUAGGGAAACUUCGUUCUAAAAAGUGCAUGCAUGAUGCAGACACACAGUAAAGUGUACAUGCAUGUAUACAAAAAGCACUCUUUGUUUAUGUGUAGUUCAUCUUUGCAUGCAUUUAAAAAGUAUCUGCAUGCAUGCAAUCUGAAGCUGCAUGCAUGCAUGGGUGAAUUGCAUUUCCAGACAGCAUGAAUGGCUUGAACUUAGGGGGAACAGGAUGUGGGAGUUAAAACAAGUUUCAGUUUGAGUGAGUCAUCUGUUAUGCAUCUAAACAUUGUGGUCCCAUUUUGAUUGCAUGUGACCAUGUAUUACUAAAUAUCUUUUUUUUUAAUUUUUAUUAUCUCUCAGAUCAGCUUUAAGCAGUGCUUUCAGCUGCUGGGAAACGCUGCUUGGGGAAUAUGAAAAACAAGCACAGGUUAUUCCAACUUUUUUGCUUUAAAAUAAGUCUAGAAUUUUGUUGAAAAGAUUCAUAACUUAAAAGAAUACCAGUCAUAUACCAGUACACAUGUGAAUGAAAGGUGAAAAUCAUUAAAUAAUUGUGGUUAUGACAUACACAUUAUGCACAUGGAACCCAACCUAAGAGAAUGACAGGUUACCAUACAUGUCUUUAUUUUCUCAGGAUAUGUUAAAGAUAUCAUCCAAUCUAGUGCGACAGGUGAAUACUCCAGCAUUUGAAGAGGUUAUCAAGAAGAAAGCAGCCACCAAAAAGGUGUGUGAUACCUACCUGUACAUUACUUUACUGCAUGAGCUACCUAGCUAGAUCAGAUACUCACGGGGAGAGCACUAUCACAACUCUCUGAAGGAAGCUUUUUAAAUGAAAAAUUGAUUAACCCUGAAACUCCCAUGAAUGACCAUUAGACAGAAAAUCUCUCAACAAUAUCAAUAUGGUAUCAAGCAGACAAGCCAAAAAAUGGAGAUAAAUAUUAAUUGGGGGAUUGUUGAUCCAUUUCCAAAUUCUCUGAACAAAUAUGCUAAGAAUAGUUUGUAUAAAUUCUAAGGAGAAUUAAUAUUUAAACUAAAUGAUGACUUGAGAUUGAUAAUUACAAAAUGUUUUAUUUGGGACUAAUGGUAACUGUUGAUGACUUAUCCUUAUUGUUUUUCAGAUAUUUUCCUUUAGAGAUAAUGGUGAAAGUCAGAUUGAAAAGGCAGAUGAAGCAUUACAAAAGGUGAUGAAAGAUAACUAACAAAUUUUUAAAAAGUGAGUGCUUAUCUAGCACCAGGUAGUCUCAUUUUGUGUAGAGUGGAGCAACAGAAGGAUUUGACUUCCUCUUUACAUUGAUAUUUGACUGAUCGUAGAGCAAUGCAUUUAAAUGGUUCAUAGGUAUCAUCGGAGUUUCAAUUUGCAAUCUUUAAGUUCAAUAGUAUAUCACAGAAGAUAUCAAAAUGUGUGAACCAUGUAAAUCCCAAAAGUGCAAGAUUAACAUACAACUUCUCCCUUUCAUAUCCACACAUUAUUAUGAAAACAGGUUAAGAGAAUAAUCACAUUUAAUAAGGUGGAAGUUGUUCUCUUGAUCCAUCACCAAAUUCUCGCAACUAAUUUGCAAGGAGAUGUGUAGCAGCUAAUGGGGAGAAUCAACAAGGGUUACAAGUUAAAAGGUUAAAGAUAUAGUUAGGUGAAAGACUAAAGGUGGUGGUGCACUUUUUUUUUCUUGCUUCUUGUUAGAGUGUUCUGUGAUCCUGUACCACUGAACAUUCACUUGAAAGCAGGGAAUCUUUUGGUCAAAUAAAGCAAUUUACCCCAUCAUCAAACCCUUACUUUUUUUCUUUACUCAGCGCCACAAGGAAUAUUCAGAAGCUUGUGCUAAACUUGCAAAGUUGCAAAGUGCAGGUGCAGAAGCUGCCAAGGUAUUGCAUUUUCUUGUAGAGUUUUUCAUUAAAUUUGUCCUGUAUCUAUGGCAUGAAUUGAUGAGGAGUUUUUGCAACCGCUUUUUUUUCUAGAUUCCAGUCAUAUUCUUUGUCAACUUUAUCCUAGGAAUCUAUCACAAUUUGUCUGACAGGGUAAUUUGGUAUUAUCAACUGAGCUGAUAACAUAAAUUGGCUACUGUGAAGAGUCUUAAUGCUGAUGUGUUGAGUAUUAGCCCUUCGUCAGAGUGAACAGUGAAGGGCUAAUGCCUGAAACCAAAUUACCCUGUCAUACACUCCCACUGAUGCAGCACCACAGUUUCUUUAGAAACUUACCCCCUUUAUACAAUUGUCUGACAGUUUUCUAGCUAAAUAGAUGUGCAAUUCUGGGAAGAACCUUAGGACUAGCAGCAGUGUAUGUUUACAUGUGCUGCUUGACACAACAGUGGGACAUAUGACUUAGUUAAGACUGGUGACUCCUGUUCAAAGAGAAACUGACUUGUAAUGUGUAGGAAGGACAAAGCGCAAAACUUAUGCAGUAGCAUUUAGUAAAAUUAGUACAAGGCUUCAACCAAAAUCUGUUCCAAGUUUUCAGUUGAAAGAGAUGCGCAAAGGAACAGGCAACAAACAGCAAUAUGGUUGAGGUAACCUGGACCUCUUGAUUUAGAGAUCAGCAUGCAUAGCUUACACUAAACCCAUUCAUAGCCAUUUUGCCCUCCUGUCCGUUCUUUUAUAGAGAUUAGACUAAUUUUUUUAUUAUUAUUUUUAAACUUAGAAAGUUUCUGAAAGAUUUUUGUCAAUUUGUAGCAAGAACAUGUUCAGACAUUAUGCCACAAUACCCACAAUGCCUAUGUACUUCAGCUAAAUUGUGUCAACAAUAUGAAUGGAGUGUUCUAUUCUACAACACUUCCUCAAAUUCUGGAUGUAAGUAUUGCUAAAUUUUGAAUGAAAUUCUUUCCAAAAUGUGCUGACAAGAUGAUAAGAUAAUUUGAUAUUAUAACCUGAGUUGAUGAUUGAAAUUGACCAUCAUUGGGAGUUACCUAAGCUGAUUUGUGCGACAGUCUUUGCCAGAAAGGAGGGGCUGCCCGUGGUCUAUCAGUGGUUUGGUCAGUCUGUCAAUAUUUUAAAGUCAGUUGUUCAAAGUCAAUUCAAAGUCAAUAUUUCAAAGUCAAUAUUUUUAAGUCAAUAUUUCAAAGUCCAUAGUUCAAAGUCAGUAUUUUAAAAUCAAUAUUUCAAAGGGUCUGUUGGUGCAUUAAGUCAAGUUGUAAAUGAAAUUCCUAAUUUUGUCAGUAUAUCAUGAAGUCUCUUUUUUGUAGAGGAUGUUAAGUAGUUGUUUUUUAAUUAAACUCAUUUUUACUCUCUCGCCCUUUGUCCUAUAGGACCUACAAGAUGUUCACGAAGAUGUUUCAGAAUCCUUGAGGGUGGCUUUGAGUGAUUGUUCAAAGAUUGAGAAAGAAAAUGUAAUUUUAACAUGUUUUGUUGACAUAGUCAUAACCAUUUCCCCCCCUUUAAUUAGCAUGUGAUGGAUGACUUCAUUAAUAUCUCUAUAUAUUAUUACCAAUAAAAUAGUUUAAAUUAAUUUUACUAGUAUAGAAAGGUUAAGUUCAAAUUUUUUUUAUAGCAGCAGCUCCUCGACCCUCUCCUACUCUCUUUCUGAUAAUGUAUGAAUUAAUUUAAAGCUUUAACCUCCCCUUUCCUCCCCCCUCCCCCACCCAGGGCAACCUCUUGGGCAUUCAACUUUUGAAGAUUGGCUCACUCAAAUUCCUGCCCCUCUCUGGGCCAAAAUUGCAUUUAAAUGCUGCAGCUAAUAGUGAAUGAUUCUUUGUAUGAUCAUCAAAUUUUGUGGAAUUUAGCAAAGUCAUGUUCUAGUUUUUGUUGCUAUUGUUGGUUCUGUUGCUUAUAGGCAUCAUUCUAUGAUGUGAAAAUUGUCUUUCUAAGCCAUUCACUCAGAAGUGUUAAAUUGAUUGUUGCAUGAGUUCCUUUAGUUAUGUAUAGGUCCAUCUGUAUGCAAGAAGAAGUCAUAGAAAGUUUAUCACUACUCACCUUUGUUAGAGCCUCUCUUAUAAUUAUAAGCCUCUCUACAUGUGAGACACCCUCCAAAAAAUUUACUCUUAUCAAUGUAUUUUGCAUGUUCCCCCCUUCCCUCCCCUCCCCUUCCAAACUCACCUUACUUGUGACAGAGUUUAAGUAUCAAGAGCUAAGUGGCUCACACUGCUCUCUUCUUUCCACCCCUCGUAGUAGUUAGGAGGGACUUGUUUUCUCUUCUACUUCGAGGGGCAAAAAGAAGAGAGGCCUUGGCAACAAGACUGAUACUGCUAGAGCUCAUCAUGCUUUUUUCAGCAUAGGGUACUGGGUCUGUUGCAGCUGCUCCUAUCGGUCAAGCAGCCAGUUCAUUGUAGAGUACCCCCCCAGCUUCCACUCAAUUUUUUCGGUGUCACAGACAGUUUACUGGUAUUCAUUUAUACUCCUGAGUGGAUGGAAAGCGGCACCGUGAGAGUAAAGCAUCUUGCCUAAAAGUUAUGACACAUUAGGGUUCGGGCCCAGACCCUUUGCUCUAGAGUGUGCCGUACUGAUAAUUAGUCACUAUGUCUUGAUUGGUCAUCAUAGUAAAAUUAUUUUUGCAGAAAAUUCAGAAGAGUCUGAAAAAGAAGAGAGCACAGCAGUGUAAUCAAUCGUUGUAGAAAGCAGUGAUAUUGAGUGGAAGUGAGAUAAAAGUUUCUUUUUUAAUUUAUUCCUUUGCCAGAUAGUUGAUAGCGUGAAGAGAUUGGAAAGCAUACAAAGUAUGUUUCAGCUCAUGAAUAGCAAGGCAGACAUCUCAACAUUUGUUCAGGCAAAUGAUCCUGGAGCUUACUCUUCACCAGAGAAAAAUUUUCAGAAACCGGAAGAUAAUCAGCUAUUGGUAAGUGCACACCUUAAGGAAGUUACAUCAACCAUAAGGUUUGAGUCUACAUAUAUAGAUAGCUGGUCUGUUCCCAUUCCUGUCAACUGGCCUACGUUCUUUGUUUUGCAUCUUACCCCGUUCCGUUGACUUUAAUUUAUUCAGCCUCAGUGGGGUGUUUUUAACAUUUAAAAUCCUUGACUCAAACAAGUCAGGGGGAGAACCGAAGGCCGCAAAAUUUUGAAAAUUACUCGAAACUUCGUCGCUGAGUUCCUCAUAAAAGUAUUGUAUAUACAUCUGCCUCCUUCUCUUCUGCCGGAAUAAAGUGAUGUCCAGUCCAGUCAAAAUUGUGGUAGCCAAGUGUAUUCUCUCCUGACCCGUUUGAGUCAAGGUUUUUACUUUGUAAAAACACCUCACUUGGGCCAGUAAGUGUGAGGUUGAUACAAAGGUGUCGUGUGAAAAAUAUAUUUGAAGCGCAAAAACGGCAUCGAUAUGAAAAAUUGUUCAAAUCGCCUGACCCUCUUUGAUUCUCCUUACAGAAUGUUACAGAUAACAGACUUUUUUUGGUGGAUGCAACGGAACCUGUGCUGAAGAGAAAGUAUAUCGCACUGCAAAUAAAGGUGCAAUCAUUUGUUGACUUAAUAAGGAUGCAGUAUUGACCGAGCGAUAGGUCAUUUAAAAGGGUAGGAUAUUAGGAAAGUUAUUUUUUAUUUCUGUGGAUUUAUGGACCACCACCUGUUCCUGGUCCAAGAAACGCUUGUAAAGGACAUCGCCAACUUUCAGAGAUCAUUAUGGGCCAUUUUCGAUAUAUAAAAAUUCUAACGUGGCUCCGAGGCAAGGGGGAAUGAUACGAGAGAAAUUUUGUAUUCAUCCCUCAACCUCGAUGUGAUUUCCUUUGCUUUACUCCUCCACGCUUCGGGGCCAAGUUUGAAUUUUUGAUAUGUCCAAAAUGGCUUAUUAAACUGAACAUUUAAGGCCAAAAGCAUUUCACAUUUGUGAGAGGAAUGGGUACAUCUGAGCGGGGGAGAUAGGCUCGCUAGUUUGGAUAGCCAAUCAGAGCACAGUCCUCGCUUCCUUUUUGUCCGGUUGUAAGUGCCAUCUAUUUUGUAAGGUAUAUAAUUGUUGACGUUUUGAGGAAUUAGGGUUUGUGUUUUGGGGUACAGUCUAACCAUUUCUUCAGGGGAAGGGAGCUUUUCUUGCCUUAUGGAUGGUCCAGACUCGUUAGGAAAUUUAACAUAGGAUAGCGUAUCAUCUGAGGAAAGCGAAACUCGUUUGAAGAUUGUAUUCGGGGAGGACAGCUAAACUGGUUGCUGAAGUGAGGGCGAUCCUUACCGAAGUUGAUCAUUGACUUUCCAAUCGUUAGUCAGCUUGUGUUACUCUUUGAAAAAAAAAGAUUCGUGUUUAUACCCGUUUUAGCCAGUUAGGAGUUUACGGGUCUCCACUUUUUAGCGCUGUCCAGCUGCGCUGUAUUGAUGGGCUGGUCAAUACAUAUCUAAGCGUGUGGAAAGCCAUAGGCAAGGUUAAAAUCUAAUGCAUCUAAUUUUCAUUUUUCAUCCUUCAGUUACGAAACUACGAUACAACGAUAAAAAAGGAUCAGGAGACCGUGAAAUCUAUGAAAAAAUUACGUGAAAGGUAACAGGAGUUUUAGGUAUACUUUAGCAAGCUUAUGAAAUGUCCUUCUGUGAGAAUGUUGAUUUUGACAACCACGCAAUAACUAGUGGAAAGAAUUUUGUCCCUGAGUAACAUGUUGAGAUGCGGUCGGAAAACUGGGUCGAGUAUAUCAAGUCGAGGCUCAUGUACACUUUUCACAUCGAAUGAAUUGAACAAUGGCACGAAAAUUCUCUUGGGUGGUUCGGCUUUUCUUUUCAUUUAUUAAUUUUUACAUCAGAAAAUAAUUGUAGUUGUUCAAUGGGACUUUGUCAGAACAGUAGUUGGAUAUGAUGAGUGUUACUUUUCACGAUAUUUCUCACGGAAGGUUUGCUAAUAGCCUCCAAUUCUUUCGGAUUCAAUUUAGACAUAUCGAGCUCAUUUAUACACUUUGCUAUAACUAGACGUUGUGCUUACGUUAGCUCUAUAUUUUGUGGCAGGAAAAAAAUUUAUCCUGAGCUAGAAAACACUGGAGAAACUCACUCGCGUUCAGUGAAAUUGUUUGAUUGAUUGAUUCCCUAUGGCACGAUUUCAUUAUGCUAUUGGUUGUUUUUAAAUUUUAUGAACAGCUACUCACAAAAUCCGUCCUAUGGAAAUGCGGCAGAACUUGAAGAGGAUCUUUUAAGGCAAAAACAUGAUCUCAGAGUGAAGGAAUGGCUCUCCUGUGUUGCCGAGAAACAGGUAGGCCUGUCAAUUUUAGGUCUGCAAUAGCGUACAUGUGAGAGGAGAGCGGGGACAUCUUUCUUAUAAGAUUUUCUGGUCAGUUUAUGCACAACCAUGGAAUCAGUCGUGAACUUGUAGACGUGUGAGUGUAUUCUCAGCUCGCUUUUACCUCUUACCUUUCCCCUCCAGCAUUUCUCCAGGUUUUCCUUGAAUAUAAUUGGUUGAGAGGAUCGUGCAAGUUUUUAGGCCAAUCAAAGAGUGAAUAAAAGCAGGAAAGCAAAACCAAAGCGAUAUGGGAUUGCUUUCGAUACUCAUUUGAAAAUUGAUUCAUUGUUUGUGAACUGACGUGCAAUUGAUACUGCAGCUUGGGAGCGAUUCAUUCCUGAACCUCGUAUCCUUUCCUCACAGACCAAACUUUUCACAUCAGACGUACUUAACAAACUUCAAGUUACCGAGGAUGAUCUCCAAGAUGACGAGGAAUCCAUUAGCGAAGAGGAGAGUGUUUCAGGACCGGUGGACAAGCGGCAGAGUGUGAUCAGCUCGAAAGGGAAAAAAAUAAGGAAAGCUGGACAGCAUCAGUUUGAGGAUCACACUUUCAAGAAACCGAAAUUCUGUUUUUACUGCAAAAGUCUCAUAAAGGGUAAUUAAACUUUUCCUUUGUGUUGAAUGAACUGUAGAAGACUUGCCCAGGGGACCAGUCUUUAUUACCACCCGUGGGGGAGGGGAAGGAUAUUUGGGGGGAUCGCAUGGUUUUCAGGGGAAAUAGAGUGGGGGGGGGUAGGGUUUGAAGGAUUUUGGGGGGAUCACAUGGUUUUCAGGGGGGACAGAAGGGGAUCAGUCGUCUCUAACAACGGGUAAAAGGGUGACUAUAGAAAGUUGACUGCCAAUUGAGGUGGAUCAUUAGAAUACUACCGAGCGUUAUGGGGGAAUCAACUAAAUUUUAUUGCGACACAAGCAGUUUCAUGGAAAGCACGUUAGACUCAGUAUUGGUAGAGGUUUGAGUUUUUGUCGUAGCUGGGUUCACUGUGCUGUGUUCUUAUGUAAGAUUCUCAACUCACACAGGGCCUCCCUUUACCCAGGAAUAUGAACGGGGAACACGAAACUGUCAGCUCAGGCGAAUCUUAAAAAAAAAAACUUGCGGGGCUACCAGCUUUGGACUAGCACAAACCAUGUAGCGGGAGGGUUGGUGAGGUCUAUUCUGUUAAGCUAUUUCUUGCUAAGGAUAGGGAUUGACACUUUUGUGAACCUGCUGAGGUGGACUGUGGUACAAUACAAAAAUGGCCUGUUCAGAGAUAACGUGUUGAAUCAUCGUCUGUGAAGGGCUUGGUAUUGAAGUUACAGUUGAGUUAACUUAGCCUUUGUCCCUUUACUAUCGUAGUUCUUAAUAUGUAAUCCUCAUAGAGAGGUAUUCUUUUGUUGCCAGGAUUGAUUAAGCAGGGUGCACGAUGUAAAGUUUGUAAGAUGAGUGUCCACCACAAGUGUCGCGACAAUGUGCCUUACUGUCCGGGUGACAGGGUGAGUGUCAUGUCUAUGUUUCUUAUAAAGAACAUUUAUCAUGGGAGGUCUUAACCCUUUAACUCCCAAGAUCUUAUAGUUAAUUCUCUUCUUUGGCAGCUACACAUUUCCUUGUAAAUUAGUUACGAGAAUUUGGUGUCAUAUUAUGAAAACAACAUCUACCUGAUAAGUUUGAGUAUCCUCAUUACUGCUUUGCUGGAUAAUGGUGGAUAUUAGAAAGGGAAGUUAGGUUUCAAUUAAUUCUGGGAGUUAAAGGGUUAAACAUCACUCAUCAGCCUAUUAGUAGUUUUCCCAACCUGGUGAGGCUUACGCGCUUUUGUCAUUAAUCACAGGGGAGAAACUCGGUUUGUUACUUUCUGCGCGGACGUCGAACUGGACAAAUGGUCCUGCUUUUCUUUACGCUGUGAGUUGCAAGCAAUGAUUUACUGUAACUUGGUUUUUUUUUUGGUAUCUGUUGCAGUCUAGCAAAGGACAGUCGAUGCGCAUUUCACGCAAUCAACAGGAAGAUGAUUCAGAUGAUCCCGUGUACAGUGAUGUGGAUGACGUCCCCACCCCUCCCCCACACAGGAGAGCAUUGGGUCCAACUUCAUCAUUACCUGCUUACAGGGGAGACGACUUCUACGGUACAAAAUGCAUCGUUUAACUGGAUUUCUGUUAACGUGUAAUUGUUUUUUGACCCAGAGACGUUUUGUUUUGUAUUACACGAAGGUUUUUUGUGAUUUUUGUGUUUACUUAUGAAGGCGGUUAAAUUGGUGGAAGCAUCCUACAGUACAAGCGUCUUAUUAGGACGUGUUACAAGGUUGCGAUCGUUUAUUCGACCGGCUAUGUUUGAUUUAGAGUUAGAGCGGAGGUGGAGGGGGAGGGGGAAGGGAGCAGGCCCCUCGCCUCCCUUCUCCUACCUUUUAACCGUCGCUCACCCCCUUAGUACACAUUUCUUUCUCUCCCCGGCCUUUCGCUGUCGUAAAAAUCUAAAAUGGUAGCUGCAAUUUUCACCAAAAAAACUGAGCUCUCGCUUGCCAAAAUUACGUCUGGUCUGCAGGCUACGAUCUAAGCGAUAACUCGAGGCGCAGCGACUUGAUUUUAAUUAAGUACACACAGCACGGUUUGUCGUUAAGACCUGGGCAGCCAGUUAUCGCCUUGUGGGUCCUAAGAAUUAGUCGUUACCAGACGAUAACAGAACCACCAGGAGGCAUCAGCUAUAUUUGGUAUGCGCGCCUAAAUGUGUGGGAGGUGGCGAUCCAGGGUUGGUGUUGCUGUGCGCGUGUUUUGAUCCGGGAGAGGAAUGGGUUGAGCUGGUAUGAAAUGGAAAGGAUCUUUGUCGUAUUGAUAUAAAGUACGGAGCGAGAAUUUUGGUCUCACCGAGGAAGUCUCAGUUGUUAAGGGGAAAAAUUCAAUAAUUUUGCCCGUUGAGGUCUUUUUAAGUUUGUAGGCGGAAAUAAAUUCAUCGUUAGCUCCUCCAAAAAAUUUUUAGAUACCUGAUUCGGGAAUUUUCUCGAAUUCUUGUUUUCAGAUGACGUGGAGGGGAUGAUUUCUCCAUCGAGAUCGGUGAGAUUUUUUUUUUCUUCGUUUUACAACAAACUGAUGUUGUUUGGUUGAAGACUGUGGGAUUAAGAUGUGAUAAUAAGUCUGUUAUGACUUCGAGCAUUCUCUCACCGUAAGAUGAGGUAGAAGUUGUAGUUUUUUUAAUGUUAUUUUCAGAAGUGCUGUGUUGCUCUUUACGAUUUCGACGGGGAGAAUGAUGGAGAUCUGAAAUUAAGGUGAGAAUAUGGGUUUCCUCAUUGGGUAAGAUUUCCGCACAGUCCCACACUUCAUAAUGCAUACAAAUCCUGCAUAAAGGGAAAUAAUGGCCAAAAACAACAGAUUGCUUUCGAAAUGGGGCUUUGUUUUACAAUAGUGUAGGGCUAUGCAGCAAUCUACCCACUUAUUGCAAAGGCUUCAGUCUAAAAGUACCAUGCAUUUGCCAGCGAUUUCAGCUUGAACCCUCUGAAAUUUGACUCGCUCUCAGCGUGUGGCUUCGUUGCUCAGUUGUUAGAGGCGCCCAACAAUUAUCUGGGAGGCCUGGGUUCGAAUCUCGUCCAAGCAUAAAUUUUUUCAGGUUUUUUUUUUUUUGCAAUGGCUUAAAAUUGCAGUCCACCUGUGAGGAUUGUUUCUUUUCUUAAAUAUUGUUCUGCGAUUAAUCUACACCUCGUUUCCUUGUUCCAGUGCCGGUGAUAAAGUUCAAGUCAUAAACAGUGCUGAUGAAAACUGGUGGGAAGUAAGUAACGAUUGUUUACGGUUCUCGAUUGCCUAACUUCUAAAAUACGGAAAGUUUGGAAACACUCAAGGGACUAGACUCUUAGCUACCGUUUGAGAAGAGAUAUGUAGCUUGCACAGCUGGUGAUCUUGUGAGAUUAGAUUGAAGGCGGAAACACGAAAAUCAGCUGCAAACUAAGCAGCGCGUAGGGUCGUCAUUUUUAAAAUAUUACGAAAGAUGGUAUGUUUUGAACUCACUUGUCGAGGAAAUAAAGAUGUUAUUCGUUAUUUCAGGAGUGUAGGCCAAGGACAAAAAAGCUGUGACCCUCAAGACGAAUCGACUUUCGGUUCCGAUGCGUUAGCUAGUGAACAGGCGUGAUUUUUUUGGCGUUCGCCCUUUGUUCUUUCAAAGAGUUUGCCUCCACUCUCUUGAAAAACGCAGAAAAAAUUACGCCUGUUCAGCCUUACGUGAAACCGAGGAGUCACUGGGCAAUCUGUAAAGCAUGAACAAUGAACUGCUUUUUUCGAUGCCUCAAAAUGUUGUGUCGCUUAAAAAAUUUUUUUGUUGUUACUAGGGCAAAAGUAAAGGAAAAACAGGGUUCUUCCCUGCUUCAUACGUACAGGUAGAAUUAAUAAUUAUUUCAUAAUCGUGCAUUGGAUAUGAGAUGGCAAAUAACCAACGAGGCGCGUAGCGCUAAGUUGGUUUUAAACGAUCUCUUAUCCAACGAGCGAAUGGAAAAAUUGUUUUAUUAAAUUUCAUCAAAUACUAAACGUUUGAAUACUUUCAGCAAAAAUUUUUCAGCUUGAGCACGUUGCAAUGCAUUUCUAGAUAAGGUCAUUCGGAGUAUUUGCUGAUAACCGGCGGAGUUGGCGGAACCAAUCAGAACACUAGAAAUGCAAUAUUCGGAGUUGAAAAUAUAGCAAAGUCAUAAAUACCGAGUAUAUACGCUCAAUCCAAUGCGUUAAUUUGGUUAUUAAUUAAGUGGACAUUAUUGCGUUUUGUUUCAAUAGCUACCGUGUUUUCUCAAUCAGACGCCCCCGGCGCAUUUAUAAGGCUGGCGUGUAGUCUCAUCUCUCAUCAAUCGUUGUUUUCUAGUCCUCUUCAAAGCUGUAAUGUGUCCUGCUGUUGCGUAAACUUGUUUCGGAAUCUCUCUAUGGUAAUCUUUUUUUUUAAAUUCUCAUCGGAGACGUCAAGUGUGUCGCCUGAAGUGAGGAAAGUACUCGUUUGGACUGUGCAAUUUUCGAACCAAUUUUUUUUUUAUUUUUAGUGUUUUGUUUUAAACAUAACGCAUGUUAUUGUGUUUCAUUUCAAUAGCUAACUUGUUUUCUCGAUUAAUGUCUCCAGCUUAUUUAUAUUGCUGGCGUGUAAUCUCAUCUCUUAUCAAUCUUUGUUGCCUAGUCUUCUUUGCAGCUGUCAUGUGUCCUACUGUUAACAUACUUGUUUCGAAAUCUCUCUUUGGUAAUUUUUUUUACAUUUCAAGGCCUAACGGUUUUUCUUGGCUCUGACGUCAUCGUAGGUAAUUUCUGCUACUGAUGUCAUUCUUCGAUGCCUGUUUAAUUUCACUGGUCAAGAAGGAGACGAGUUGACAAUUCAGGCUAAUCAGGUCAGCGGUGUUCUGUAUAUUUUAGCGUGCACUCGUCAAUCGAGAUGAACAAGGGCAUGGAGGCCGCGGUUAUUGUCAAUGGUUUCUGAACAAGUGCGCAUCUACCUUAUCCCUAACCCAACACCAGUCAACCGAGAACAAGUUAGGGUUAUUUGCAAUCGCUCUGACGAAGGGCUAACGCUUUAAACGUCAGAUUUAUAACUCUAUACGGAGGCCAUUUAACGAUAUCAACUCAGUUGAUAAUACUAAAUUACCUGGUUAUACUCUACCAGUGACGAAGCACUACAGUUUCUUUAGAUACUUAAUCCCCUUUUUUUUAUUCGGGUUGAUAUUAGGUUAGGGAAGGGGUAGGUGCACAGUUUGCUCAGAUAUCGACAUUUAUCUGAGGUCACCUACCUUUGGCCUUUGAGUACCAAAUAUUUCUUUUUGAAGUGCGUGUUUUAAAGUCCUUAUACGCAGUUCCAUGAAUCUAUUUUCUUUAGAAAAGUUUAGUAGUCACAGAGAUGUCUUUAAGCCUCCAAACACUGGCUCCCUAGUGGUUGUUUACAAUUCGGAAACAACCUUUUCGAGUCUGGUCCGUUUUGCGACCUUUACUGAAACGUUCCCUUAGCUAAAAACAAAGCUAAAAACAUACGGACAUCUUGUACUCAAAGAGAAUACUCGGUUUAAGAAAGAAGUUGUUUUGGGACUUUCCCGAAGGUAGCAGUCGAUAGGUUGUUCGUUUGUAAUUUCAAUUAACUAAAGUUGGACUUUUUUCUGAUUGAAUUAUUUUUCUUAUCACAGAUAGUUGUUCAGAUCAGAGACGAAGGCAAUGGAUGGAUCUUUGGGAGAACUGGCUCGGUAGAAGGGGCCUUUCCAGCGACAUACGUUGAAAAAGUUACUAAUAAUGGUCCUGAUUAGUGUUUAUCUGCGUUAGAACGGACCUAGCCGUGUUAGCAGAAAACUUUGUCUCAGUAUCCUCUUCCUCCCUCUCUCGAGUUCAGAAGAAAGAACUCUGGGUACUUGGUUGGUUUCAAAUGGUAAAUAUGUGGUACACGCGACAAGCAGUGGUCUUGUAAUUCAUUUUUGUCGCCAUAGAGUGAAUUGUCAUGUCUCCACUUUAAUUAUUGGAUGUGGAAUGAAACUUGGUUCCUCAGAAUGGUCCAAAAUAAUAGCUCAUAAACAGAGAAAUUAAGAGGUUAAAUGAAAAAGAGAAGAAGAAUUGCUAGUAGGGAAGGGUUAAAUAUUUUUCUUCCCAAGAAACCCUCCUCUCUCAGAGUCUUUUUCUUGGGGACUUACUUAAGUAAGGUAUUAGUUACAAUUUCCAAACUUUUAACGGAGUCCAUGUUUGAAAUAAUAUUAUCAAGGUACUGAAGUGACAACUUGCCGCGCUUCUUGUACUGUCAAGUGGUAUAUAUAUAUAUAUAUGAACAAUUUCCAUUUUAUUACAUUCCUUUUGAUAUCUCUGGCGGUCGUUUCAAUCUGAUUGGCUCUCAGCAGUGUGCUUUACUCACGAAUCGCAAUUUUUCCCCCUAAAUCGCAUCUUCUUCCCAGUCAGUGAGGAUGCAACAACAAAACAAAACAACCAAUUAGAUUUCCAGGCGUGUUAACAGUAACAAAGCAAAUCGUAGGAAACUGAAAGGCAAAAAGCCAGUAUAUGGCAAAUUUUGCAACUUUUAAAAUACUUGUACUGGUUAAAAUCCUGUAACUGGGCGAUUGAAUUUUGUGAUUUCAAAAUGGAUGUUAUACAGUAGUAAUUGAACCAAGUGAGUGCUGCGCGCUCGUUCGAGUGGGAAAUCACGCGUAUGACUUGAGCUUGCUUAGUUCAAUUAUUAUUUUAUAUUAUUUUUCCUGAACUACUUGAGAAUUUUAACGCAAACGCUUUGCAAUGCCACGAGAUGAACAGCGGUUAAGGAUAAUGCUUCCAACCUAAAAUCUCAAUAAUUGAAUAUUGGCACAAACCAGACGUAAAAUUUGAGAGGUUUGACCAAUUGGGACCACAAAUUUAUUUUAAUGGUGUACAUUGUGGGAAAUUCUUCUCAGUUGUAGGGUCCAAUGAGAUGAAUUAAUUGAAUAUAUUUAUAUUUUCCUGUUAUGAAAUAAAAUGUCUUCGGGA